AUGCUACGACUAGAGGUUCAAAUGCGGCAAGGGAAAGCCAGAAAUGUAGGUGGUCAUGUGGGGAGACAGUGCAGAGUGAGAAAAAGACUUCACCCUGAUUCUGAGGCCCUUCAAUGGGAAGGGAGAGAAGAGCUCCAAAAGAAACUGAGGGAGAUUGGCCAUACAUUUGAAGGAAAACAAGAGGGAAAGAUGGACUUCUGUACCAGGAUCUAUCGCACCAGUGGUCUGGACAACAGACCUGUGUUCGGAGAGACGUCGGCCAAGGAUCCAAUCACCAAUUUAACUGUUAGCAGCUUAGCUUCCUUAUUGAUUCUAGUAACGCUGAUCAGUGCUUUUGUUUUCCCUCAACUACCUCCAAAACUGUUGAAUGUAUUUUUUGCUGUCUGCAUCUCUUUGAGUAGUAUUACUGUCUGCACACUUACGUACUGGAAUCGACAAGGAGACUUAGAACCGAAAUUUAGAAAUCUAACUUACUGUAUUUUAUUUUCUAUCAUCAUGUUAUGUAUAUGUGCGAACCUGUACUUCCAUGAUGUGGGAAAGUGA